GUGUGAGCUCUGGACUUUAGCUCCAGGUUAGCCAAGCUUGCUCAACAGGGCAGGUGCCUUGGGCCCACCUGAGACCUGGGAGUCACACACUUGGCUUCCUUCUGCCCUUUUAUUGCCAACAGAGGCGUGGCAGAAGGGCAGGGCAGUAAUUGAGCUAUCGAGUGCAGAGGGCGUUAUUGCAAAGCCGCGUCUGACCUGCCUCUAGUCAGCUGAUUUGGCAGAGUUGCACAAACACCUUCGGACGGCAGCAGGAGACGCAUUUCCCAGGGCGGCUCGGCACGGCUCCAUAAAGAGCUCAUGGCUGGAAGGCGAUGAGAACCUCGUUGGCGUUGGCUCUUGGGAGACCGAGCGCCUGCCCUAACGCCGCGCCUCCGUCGCUCGGCAGCAUGAAUUCCAGGCUUGCAGCCCCACCUCUUUACACCAGCCUCUGGGACUUCGAGGCCAGGACACCAACAGAAAUCAGUUUCUGGGCAGGAGAGCUUUUCCAGGUCACCCGGUGUGAAGGAGAAUGGUGGUGGGCCAAGAAAGUCGAUGGCUCACACAAGGUCCUGGCCGAAGGCUACGUGCCUUCCAAUUACUUAGCUGAGCGGGAGACAAUGGAAGCCGAACCCUGGUUUUUUGGGCAGAUCUCACGUUCCGAGAGCCUACGCAGGCUGCUGUCAGGAGAGAACAAGACAGGGUCCUUUCUAAUCCGCAUCAGUGAGAAAAAAGAAGCUGCAUAUGUGCUUUCAGUUCGGGAUGACUCAAUUGUGAGGCACUACAAGAUCUGGAGGAACGCCCAGGGGCAGCUCUACAUGAACGCUGCGCUCUCCUUUCCGGAUCUGCUCAGCCUCGUGGAGCAUUACAAAGCAAAGAACCUCUCCCACGGCCUCAAGAUGACAGUCCCCUGCUGGAAGCAAGAACAAGAGCCUCUGCCUCACUGGGAUGAUUGGGAAAUACCCAGAGAAGAAUUCAGUCUGGUCAAGAAGCUUGGAGCUGGAUACUUUGGAGAGGUCUAUGAAGGAUACUGGAAGAACAAGGUCAAAGUUGCCAUUAAAACAAUUCCCAAAGCUGACCUGACGUUCCAGGCCACUUUCAAGAAUGAAACCCAGGUAAUGAAGAAUCUCAGGCACAAGCACAUCCUCUCGCUCUACGCCAUCUCUUCUAUUGGAGACCCUGUCUACAUCAUCACGGAGCUCAUGCCCAAAGGAAACCUGCUGGACUUUCUCCGAGGGCCGGAAGGGGAGAAUCUGCAACUGACCGACCUGGUGGACAUGGCAUCCCAGGUGGCUGAUGGGAUGUGCUACUUAGAGUCCCAGAAUUUUGUUCACCGAGAUUUAGCUGCAAGAAAUAUUCUUGUUGGAGAAAACAACAUCUGCAAAGUGGGGGACUUUGGGCUGGCCAGGCUUAUCAAGAAUGACGUGUACUUGUCUGACGCCUACAACAUCCCCUAUAAGUGGACAGCCCCCGAGGCCAUUUCCCAGGGACGCUAUUCCAUCAAGUCCGAUGUUUGGUCUUUUGGGGUCCUGCUAUAUGAAAUUAGCACCUAUGGGCAGGUUCCAUACCCAGGUAUGAGUAACGGUGAAGUUUGCCAAAAAGUCCAAACAGGUUUCCAGAUGUCCUGCCCGCCAAAGUGCCCAUCCACGCUUUACAAAAUCAUGAGCAAGUGCUGGCACCUCAGUCCAGAUCAGAGGCCAGAUUUCCAGAACAUUAGAGGGAAACUCCAAAGUUUCAUGUACUAUGAGAACCCAGAAUGACAACUGCACCAGGAGCCAUCCUAUUCUUGUUUCUUUUCACCUCUUACAUUUCUGUUAUAAAGACCUCUAGGAUAUGAAACCAAUUGCUCUCUGGACUCUGAAACAAACAGCCUGGGAUAUCUGCAGGCUUUUCCUGGAUCAUUUUCUGCAGAAUAGGGAUGCCGAUGUACUAAGGAUGCAUGCGUAAAGAACAGCUGUUUCCAGAGAUGAUAACUCUGUUUCAAAAGCAACGACUCAUGUCAGUUAUCAAUCAUUUCACACACACACCAAUCUGAAGACACACAAGCAAAACCGUGCUGGUCUGAUUUUCUCCUAAUAAAUGA